AUGUACGACGAACGCGUCGACAUUUUGCUGCAAGCGCUUUGUGUUGACCGUGUCAGCAGCUCAUACCUUGAUGCGGACGAUCGCAAUCUAGGUGUCGAAAUUGGUCUGUCUUCUUCACGCGGACCGUUUUUGAUUAUUUACAAGAGACUAUGCCCUGGCGUAUAUUACCCUCGUCAGAUGAAAUCAUUCAUCUCAGUUGAUCCACUGAUCUGUAAACCCACACCGUCAAUCCCACCACGUUCCACACUCGUGUUGCUCCCAUCGCCUGCACGCCGUCAGCAUUACGCUAGAUCCAGUUGGAAAUUAUAUCCUAUCCCUGGCCCCGAUGGUCCUUUCCGAGUCCUGACAUCCUCGCGCCGAAAGUUACAAUUCAAGGGUUCUGUUAUGUCAGGAAUACGUUUCGAGUUACCGAGUAAUUCAACAUUACAGGGCCAACACAACCUGAGGACGUUCGGCUCAAUAAAAGAAUAA